CAGGAAUUCAGCGUAGUCUACUGGUGGACUGAGCUUAGUGGCUGAGCCUAGUGCAUGCCAUAUGGCUGGUCGUGUGGAAGACGAGCUAAUGACAUGGUCUCCUCCUCCAUUGAGCAAGAGGAAAAGUGUACUCUUCAACCCAUACAAUGUACUGGAGGCAGUGAAGGGAGUGGAGGACUGGUGGAGUGAGGGGGAUUACUGGUGCCGAAGAGGAGGACUGGGCUACUGGUUGGCAGUGUCAGAGGAAAAGAGGCGAGAGAUCCAGCAGCAGUAUGGAGAUCCUGAUGAGCAGAAGAUGAAGCUGAUAGAGUGCUGGAUGACACACGUCUUUGCCUCAUGGCAGUGGCUGAGUCGUGCAGUGGGGAGUAUGGGGCAGACCCAGCUAGCCCCUCUCAUCUCCUCCUAUUAUCAACCCACCACUGGAAUGGCCUUCACUCCCUCCAAUGUGCUGGGAGCCGUGAGGCCAGUGGAGAACUGGUGGGCCAUGGUGGACUGGGGUACAAUCUGUUCAUCUCAGAGGAGAAGAGGAAUGAGAUCCAACAAGUAUACUCUGAUCGUGAGGAGCAGAAGAGACAACUAAUACUCUACUGGAUGUCCACAGAUCCUCUGGCCUCGUGGCGAAGACUCAUCAGACAACUUGACGACAUGGGACAGAGUCCUGUGGCUGAUGCCAUUCGAGACUUUGCAGAGCCACUGGCUACAGGUACACCUCACAUUGUCUAGCCCAGGGUUAUUUU